AGGGUCUUUUGACGCUACUAUUAAGUAAAGUUAGAUUUCUUGCAGAUUAUAUUCGCAGAGUCUUCUGGAGGUAAUAUUAAGUAAAGUUAAUUUCCUUGCAGGUUUUUUUUAUCUUGAUGUACGAUCUUGUAACUUAAGUCAAGGCUAAUAGGGAAUCUGAAAAGUAUUUGAUGAAAAUUAUUUUCGUUAAUCAAUAUUUCAAAAAAUAGACAUAGAACUCUUCCAAUCUUUAUAGAGCAGUCAAAUGAUUAACAAGCUUUAACCUAACUUAAACCUUUAUUAUUUAAAUAAUACAAAUUGUUGUUGCUAGACAUACAGUGGUGUCCCUCAAUAACAGUACCCUCCGUGCAAAUCGCGCUGUCCCACUCUGGUCACACUAGCCUAGCCGUGAAUCAGAAACGCAGACUAAUUAGUAAAAAAAAAACGAAAACGGUACAAAAGAACACUUAAUUGCUGAAGUUUCACCUGCCGCAGCUCGCACAAACCACCAUACGUGUACAGCCAGACAUAAAGAACCCUAAAACCCCAAGGAAAGCUCCAAAAACAUCGUCGCAAAGUGGACAACUCCCAGUUUUCCGAGCAGCAUCACCUGCCUCCAACAAAGGAGCAUCGCGACAAAAAGGCGAGACUCCGUCGCAACAGAAUGUCCUCGCUGUCCGCGUCCGCGGAGAAUGUGUCCAGUUUGGGAUUGGGCACUGGAGCAUCCAACUCGCACGAUGGCAAUUCGCAGCAGGGCUCCGGAUCGGAUGGCGGGUCCAGUAUGUGCUUGGAAUUGGCGUUGGAAGGCGAACGCCUCUGCAAGGCAGGCGAUUGCCGGGCGGGCGUAGCCUUCUUCCAGGCGGCCAUUCAAGCAGGAACCGAGGAUCUCCGCACCCUAUCAGCUAUAUACUCCCAAUUGGGCAACGCCUACUUUUACUUGGGCGACUACAACAAGGCGAUGCAGUACCACAAACACGAUCUCACUUUGGCCAAGAGCAUGAACGACCGUCUGGGUGAAGCCAAGUCUUCCGGAAAUCUGGGCAACACCCUGAAGGUGAUGGGUCGCUUUGACGAGGCCGCUAUUUGUUGUGAGAGGCACUUGACUUUGGCCAGGCAACUGGGCGAUCGAUUAUCCGAAGGAAGAGCCCUCUACAACCUGGGAAACGUUUACCACGCCAAGGGAAAGCAUUUGGGUCAGAGAAACCCAGGAAAGUUCGGCGACGACGUGAAGGAGGCUCUCUCCCGUGCCGUGGAGUUCUACCAGGAGAACCUGAAGCUUAUGCGGGAUUUGGGAGAUCGCGGUGCUCAAGGCAGAGCUUGUGGUAAUCUUGGAAACACUUACUACCUUCUGGGCGACUUCCAGGAGGCCAUCGAGCACCACAAGGAGCGACUGCGCAUCGCCAGAGAGUUUGGCGAUCGGGCUGCGGAGCGGAGGGCCAACAGUAAUCUGGGAAACUCGCACAUCUUUUUGGGACAAUUCGAGGAAGCCGCCGAUCACUACAAACGCACUUUGACCUUGGCCGUCGAGCUGGGCGAACGCGAAGUGGAGGCCCAAAGUUGCUACAGUCUGGGCAACACGUAUACGCUGCUGCACGAGUUCAACACUGCCAUCGAGUACCAUAAUCGCCACUUGGCCAUUGCCCAGGAGCUGGGCGAUCGGAUUGGCGAGGCAAGAGCUUGCUGGUCGCUGGGAAAUGCCCAUUCCGCCAUCGGUGGUCAUGAGAGAGCUUUAAAGUACGCGGAGCAGCAUUUACAGUUGGCCAAGGAGCUGCACGAUCCGGUGGGUGAGAGCACAGCCAGGGUGAACAUCUCCGAUCUGAGGAAACUGCUGGGAAUGCCCGAAUCGGAACCAUCGCCCACCGAGGAGGAGGCCAGAUCCAGUGCAUCCGAUCACUCGGCCAGCGGAAAUCAGUCCGACGGAUCGGAGAACUCGCAGGGAAGAAUGGUGCGCGUUCGUCGACAGAGCAUGGAGCAGCUGGACCUGAUCAAGAUCACGCCCGACGGGAAGCGAAUGCAGGAGGAGAAGCACCGGGCACAGGCCACCGGGAAAGCCAAAGACGAUGACUUCUUCGAGAUGCUGUCGCGUUCGCAGUCGAAGCGCAUGGACGACCAGCGCUGUUCGAUCAAGGUGAAUCCCGCCGGAGCUCCGCCGCUGGCCACUGGAGCCACCCGUAAGCCGCUGGUGCAGCAGAACUCGCUGUUCGUGGAUCCCACCAACCUGCCUGGCUUGAAGUCACCCUCGUCGGGCAAUGUGGCUGCCAUGGGACACGGACACGGUCCGCUAGCCAGGAGUGCCACCACCACUCAGCAGCCUGACGACGACUUCCUGGACAUGCUGAUGCGCUGCCAGGGAUCGCGACUCGAGGAGCAGCGGUCCGAACUUCCACGUCCGAACGUCACAAUGGAUGCCGAGGCGGAGGCACCGCCACGAUCGGCGCCAGAGGCAGCUGUCGGAGGAGCAGCACGUGGACAGACUGGCCGCGGAGCCACCGUGCCCGACGAGGACUUCUUCUCGCUGAUCAUGAAAGUGCAGAGCGGUCGCAUGGAGGACCAGCGCGCCUCGAUUCCGUUCCGCAGUGCCAACAACAACAACAACAGCCGGAGCAACAAUAACGGCUCGGCUGGCGGAGCUGGAAAGUAGAAAGAGUCCGCGAGAGAUACAGAGUCCAACCAAAACAAUCCUAUUAAUCCAUCCCUGGCCGCGGGCUCCCGCAUCAUUUUGUUAUACGUACAUCUUGCGGCCAUUUAUUCAGUCGUUUCUUUUUAUCGGCAAUCGGCAGCGACACACUUUGUUCUUUUACAAGAUUUAUAUAUACACACUCACACCCACGAAGAGCAUUAAUUUAUGAAUAGCGACUAACCACGUAACCAAAUAUUAGGGGCGUUUAGGGCCCCGUACACACACACAUGAGCAGAGAGGGAGAAACUGUUAUUGGGUGCACUCACUCAUUCAGUCAUGACUCACUAAACACUCACCACAGAGUUGGCCAUGAUAUUGAACAAUCUGCACUCGAGUUUUACGAUAUUAACGUUUGAAUUGCAUGUGCAAAAAGUAGCUUAAGCCGAAGGUAUACUAAUCCAAUUUGCUCAAUAGACGGAACCAAGUCUUCUCUACGAUCAACGAUCUUACAUUCUCCAAACGCAUUCAGCUAAAUACUAAGUUUUAAGUCUAACGAACCACUCUACAUGUAAGCAAUGCAUUUUCCAAAUCAAAAAUCUACAAAUGUUUCCAAUUGUAACCAUGAGUAUUGCAUUUUUCUAUCUAUCUAUCUAACUAUCGAUGACUUUGAGCAUACUUUAAGCCACUUACAAUUUUUUUUAGAUAUUAACAUGACACAAAGAAGACUGCUCGGAUUUCCGUUUGAGGACCGGCGGUCGUGUUAGCACUUAGCAUACGAUAUACACAUCCAUACGUACACAUAUACAAGAUACAUAUGAACAAUAUAUAGUUAUACCAAUGUCUGGCGAUCGACCGAAUCGGCGAUCGUUCUACACAAUAUACGAGUAUAUACACAAAACAAAAAACACAAAACUGAGUUCGAGUUGCAUGAAAUGAAGCCAAAAUUGAUUAAUGUUAUACGUUUAUGUACCACGAAAGGAGGUGCGCUCAUGAAGCUAAUCGCCAAGAUAGCGAUAGAUCGGUCAUUAUGAAUACCAUACAGGCGGACAAUUAUGUCGUGUAUUAUUAAAUAUUAAAAUCAAAAAACUGUUUGCUGACAA